AUGACUGGCAAGGGACUGCUGACCACCAAGGGGCUGCUGCAGUCCUCCAGGACGGCCUCUUCCAGUCGAGGGUUGCAGACAGAACUAGCUUCAAAGAUGCCCUGUAUCUACUCGUGUGGUGUGACAGUCAACAAAAGAGGUACAAAAGUGGACUUGUUACCAGGGGACUCAGUGAUUAUACUACGUACCCCACCAGACCAACAGAAUGACAAACAGCCUGUUGAGGGCUCAACUAUGGAUGCAGUAUCUUGUGGGGUUUGGGUAAAUCGGCAGCCCAGAGGCAAGUUUAAAGAGGAGAUAUUUGUAACUGCAGAGGAAGGCAUACUCUUGACAGAGAAAGCUCCUGAAGAAGCUGAAGGGAUGAGAUUGAGCCCAGACACAGUAGGUUUCAGCAAAAAAGCGCGGUCUUACCGAGCGCGCAGAGAGAGACUUCAACUGCACCCAGAGCCUCCACAGCAGCGGCGGCGCCAGCGCAGCGAAACGCAACACAGCGCCUCCAGCCAGCGCCGCAGCCGCACUUGCGCACCGGAGCCUUUUCCCCUCAGUGGUCUUUGGCUUGCGAAGUGCCGCUGGGCCCCGUAUUUGUUGAAAGGCUGGGGUCGUGGACCCCCGCAAGGUGUCAGCAGCACGGAGGUGCAGGGCGUCGUCGAGGGUGCGGGGCCGGGCGCCGCCGGUGGCGCGCUCCGCCCCGGGGCCCCCGCCACUGCUCUGGGCCAGGCCCUGGCUCCAGCCUCCGUCCCGGCCCCGGCCUCGCAGUUCACCCUGCUGGUGAUGCACCCCUGCGGAGGGCAGGACGAGUCUGCGGCGGAGGGCGUCCUCAGGCAGCCUCCGGCCCUGGGGGACGGCGCCGGGACGGGCAAGUCCAUUAGGUACCUGUGCGAAGUGGCGGGGGCUGGCGAGGAGGAGGCAGGGGAGGACGAAGCCGACCUGCUGGACACUUCAGACGCCCCGGGGGGAGGCGAGAGCACGGCUAGUUUGGAGGAUCUGGAGGACGAGGAGACACACUCGGGGGGCGAGGGCGGCAGCGGGGGAGCCCGGAGACGGGGUGGCGGCGGGGGCAGCAUGAGCAAGACCUGCACCUUCGAGGGCUGCAGCGAGACCACGAGCCAGGUGGCCAAGCAGCGCAAGCCUUGGAUGUGCAAAAAACACCGCAACAAGAUGUACAAGGACAAGUACAAAAAGAAGAAAAGUGAUCAGGCCCUGAACUGCAGUGGGGCCGCCCAGCCUGGCAGCGCGGGAAACGUCAGACUGGAGGAAAGUACAGAUAACAUACUCUCCAUUGUUAAACAAAGAACAGGAACCUUUGGGGAUCGUCCUGCAAGACCCACUCUUUUAGAACAAGUGUUAAAUCAGAAAAGACUGUCAUUACUAAGAAGUCCAGAAGUGGUGCAAUUUUUACAGAAACAGCAACAAUUAUUAAAUCAGCAAGUUUUGGAGCAAAGACAGCAGCAGUUUCCAGGAACAUCAGUGUGAAAGAAUCUAUCAAGAAGAUCUACAUGGUUUUUAUUUUGUUGUAGUAGAUGGACAUAUUUUUAUACUAAAGAUAAAUGGGGUAAGACAUGCCAGUGAAACACAUAAGCAGUUAUUUUCCUGUAAAUGUAUGUGUGCAUUUGGGGAUAAAUAAGUAUUGCACUUUGUGCAUCUAAUCCUUUCAGGUUACCGUGAAUUUGAAGAAACAGCUUAUCUUUCCAAAAUAACAUUUAAUUACAGUUGUUUUUUUAAACAAAGUGUUCCUCUUCAGUCAUAGUUACUGAAGGUAAUGGAGCAGUUACUUUCUGUGGAAGUCAAAAAGUUAAUAGAUACUAAUCUUUGGUCAUUUAAUUCAGUGGUUCUUAUCAAGGGUCAUCUGCAAAUGUAUGGAUAUGUUUUUGUUGUCACAGUGACCUUGAAAACUCCUAGUUUUUUAGUGAAUGGGUCAGGAAUGCUAAGUGUUGUAUGGUGUCUGGCAUGGUUCACAACUAAUAAUUAUCUUACCCACAAUGCCAGUAAUCGUUCUCUUAAGAUACACUGAUAGUUGUGAUACUACUUGUGAUGAUAAAAUGUAGUCAGGGCACCUAGAAUUGCAUUCUUGUAAUAACCUUUUCUUUACAGUUAAGACUGGAGCUGUCAAAGAGGUAAGCAUAUUUUAAAUGUGUAAGGAAAGUGAUCAUUGUUACUAUCUGUGAAAUUAGGAUGUGCAUUUCUUUUCAGGCAUGUGCUGCUAAAACCUAGGAGAGGGGUUAUCUAAGUACACUGGAACGAAAGCAUCUCUUCAAGUUGGCUUCUCACUUCAUGUUACCUAUUAGUAUUGAUCUCUUUUAAAGCAGACUUGUGUGUUAAAUCUGUGAACGGUAUAGAUGUAUCUCAUUCCACCAAUGUCAGGACAAAAAAAAAUUUUUUUGAUACUCAUUUUCCUUUUCAAAAAGAGAUUCUGAAAGUAAAAAUAACACUCCACCAUUUUGUCAAUGUUUUCCGAAACAGCUAAUUUAAGAUCGUAUUAUUCCUAAAGUUCACAGAAUAACGGGUAACUGGAUAGAUAACUUUUUCCUUGUAUCUUCUCCUAGGAAAAGUUUUAAAAGGCAAGCCUACCAAUAAGAGUAACCAAUCAAAUGUCAAGAGAGGAUUUCCAAUGUUAGAUAAUAAAUGUAUGUCUCUUAAGUCUAACUGCAAAAAUGUGUUUGUUUCUUGGGUUUUAAGCCCUGAAAUAUGUAUCCAGUUAAACUUAGUCAUGGCUGUUUUAAGAAGUACUUAAGGAGAGAAAGAAUAUUUUUGUUUAUUUUUUAUGUGUGGUUUAUACCUGCCUAUCUGUGCAAAAAUAACAGAUUUCACCAAAAUUAUUCAUUAAAGCCCAGUUGUUGACCUUUG